GCACCCCGUGGAUCCACGUUGCGCUACCGAAACAGAAUCAGAACCAACAAGCAGACACAAUGUGGUCAGGGUGUACGGGGCGGUACCUGUUCGGCGGAGGGACCGGACUGUUUACCUCCGCUAGUGGUGCCUGAUUUAGUACCCGUGUUGCUACUGUUGGCUGCCAUUUUUGAAAGGGUGUUGCUGGGAAGUGAAGGGCUGCCGGUGAGAUUGCCUGUGCAGAAAUAACACGUAACAAAACUGGUUAGUUUCGUUUGCGUUAGCUAACAAUGUAAACAGACAAGGGAGUGUGUCUUCCUUUUGACGACUAAUGAGAAAGGUGACAAAAAUAGUUGCUGAUAGCAGUUAAACUUUAACAUGGAGUGAAAUGUUGACACUGUGGUUUAUUUAAACCAAUGUUCUUCUCCGUUUUGGGAUCAUUUGCAAAAGUUAGUUCCUCGCUUCCUGCUGUGACUGUGAAGCUGCACUACAGGAUGUCCAGCGGUGGCAGGUCACUCGCUGCAGUGUGUCAGUUGAACGCCACUCCAGACAAGCAGGCCAACUUGUGUGCUGCCAAAAAGCUGCUGCAGGAGGCGGCACAGCAAGGCGCCAGCAUGGCGUUCUUGCCUGAGGGCUUCGACUACAUUGGCUCCAGUCAGGAGGAGACCUUGGCGCUGUCGGAGAGCCUAGAGGGGCACACAAUGAUGCAGUAUUCUCAGAUAGCCAGGAAGUUGGACAUCUGGCUGUCUCUGGGGGGCUUCCAUGAGCGAGGGCCAGCCUGGGAGGCUGAGCAGCGAAUUUACAACAGCCAUGUGGUCAUGAACAACAAAGGUCAGAUUGUGUCCAUCUACAGGAAGUCCCACCUGUUUGACAUGGAGCAUCCUGAAAAGGCCAUCUCAAUAAAAGAAAGUGCCUUCACCAUCCCAGGACCGGCGCUCGUGUCUCCGUUCCAAACUCCUGUUGGCAAGGUUGGUUUGGGAAUCUGCUAUGAUUUAAGAUUUCCUGAGCUGUCACUGGCGCUCCAAAAGAAUGGAGCUGAGAUUCUGUCGUUCCCAUCAGCCUUCACUGGAGUCACUGGAGCUGCCCACUGGGAGGUGCUGCUACGUGCAAGAGCCAUUGAGAAUCAAUGCUACGUCCUGGCGGCGGCGCAGGUCGGCCAGCACCAUGAAAAGCGCUCAUCCUAUGGCCACACCAUGGCAGUGGACCCCUGGGGUGUGGUGAUGGGUGACUGUGGAGGAGAGAAAGCAGGGAUGCUGCUGGUGGAGGUGGACCUGGACAAGUUGAGCAGAAUCCGCACAAAUAUGCCGCUCCAAAAGCACCGCAGAGAUGAGAAGUUUUACACCACAUUGUCUGAUAACCGAUGAAAUAGUAAAACAUCAUGACAGAUGUGUGGAAAUCAAUAAUUGGAAUAGAAGUUAUAUUAUUUGUAUGUGCUAGCUCAGUGGCUUUCUCAUACCGACCAUGAUGGAAUAAAUUAAUGCUUUACAAA